AAAACAAGAAAGAGAAGAAAUGAAAGAGGAGGUCCAUUGCGAUAUUACGAUUAUUGGUGGAUUAUUGUAAAAUUCGUAGCCGCUGGAUACUGUGUAUAAACAAUUUGUGAUUUGUGUGAAAGUUGUUUUGUUAGUUAUUAUAUAAAAGUUUUUUUCAUGUUUAUUUUCGGUUUGAAUGAUCAAAAUGUGGGACUCACCAUACUUAACUUGUUUGGUUCUGUAUAUAUUUUCAUUUCAAAUUAUUGUCACUAAUUCACGCACGUCUAAUGUUUGGAAAUUAAACGCGGAAGAAGACCAGAUCGUUGACGGCAGCACAUUAUCUCAGGAUGAGUCUGACAAGUCAAGAAUGGCUGAAGAGGACCCUGUCUUCAAUAUAAUAACAUCAACAGUAUAUUAUGGGAAUGCAUGGACAAAACAUGGCUUUGAUAUGUUUUGUACAGACUGUCAAAUAUAUGAGCAACAAAGAGCUGGUGUAGAAAAUAGUGAUGAGACUACACCGGCAGAAGUAAAUGGUGAUGUGGAUGAUGAGUACUUAGAUUGUGGUAAAGCUGUAAAUUUCACAUACUAUGAUAACCUGGUUGGUGUGGCCAGGCGCCAUAGACAUCCAAAUGUACCUGAACCACAGGUGUCCCUUAUAUUCCCAAAGAAGAAAUCGAACGGUCUAUCGCCGUCAGAGAUCAAUGGUUUCGAAAAACGCUUGAAGAAGGCAAAGAGAGAGAAACCAAAAUCUGUGCAGCUUUAUAACCAGAUCGGCAACUUCUGGCGGAUCAAAGGCGAUACGAGACAGUCUAUCGAGUGCUUUAGGCGCGCACUCGCUGUAUCGCCUUAUAAUGCAGAGGUACUCCUAAACCUCGCAAGGGUGCUAUUCACCCUCCAAUACCUGGACGACGCGAUCUAUCUGACGCGACGUUCGUUAGAGGUCCAGCCCCCAGACCGCAGCGCCUGGCAACAGUAUUUCACGCUCGGCGAGAUAUUUAAGGCAUAUGGACACUAUCAGGAAGCGGCAAUGCACCUGAGGCACGCUCUCGAUUUGAAACCGGACUACGAACCCGCGAUGGCGGCUUUGAAAGACAUCGAGAAUACGCCGGAAGCAUCAGUGCAUGUCUAUACACUCCUUAUUAUUGUGUGUUUGGUGAUGGGAGUUCUGCUCGUGAUACUAUCAUCAGUGGACAGUGGCGGUGACGUUGAGGAGCAUAAGACUCAGAGGCACUUCAACCGAGCGAUGGCGAUGCGAUCACUGCGCGGCGUGACCCUGCCCGGCUCGCGCGGCCGGAAGAAAGGCGGCUCCUAAAACCCCGUCACGUCACUAGCGAUAGCCUGAGUUUAUGAUCUCUGGUCGUGUUCCUAAAUUGUUAACUUUUUGUGUUCGAUUUUUUAAUAAUUUGUUUUUUUUUUUCUAUCUGUCCUGAUAUGUUUUUUUGGUGUAUGUUUGUGUGACUUGGUUCAAAUAUCUGAAGUUUUAUGCUGCUCAUGAUGGUGGGAGUGAAAAACGAAAGAUAGGCGUUAUGAAGGAGAAAGUAGAAAAAAAUUAGCCUUGUGUUGUAGUCUUCAGAUAUUUCCCCCAGGUCCUAAUGAAAUGCCGGUUUAAUUAGUGCUUAAGUUACUUUUAACACUUCCAAGAAUAAGAUCCGUUAUGGCAAAUAUUUUUUUACGCCUUUGGAUCCAUUGUUUUUGUUGUGGAGAUCGUAAACUCAGGAUGACGUGGACAAACAUUUAAGGCUUGAUAAAACAAAUUACGAGUGAUGUGGUAUAGCUACAAUGUUUUAUUGUAAUCGCUAAUGGUGACCCGAGGGAUGAACCCAAUUUGUUGUGGUACUGUUCUGUUAAAUUCUGUUUUUUUUUUACUGAAUAUAUCAUAUUGUAUUUUUAGAGAACCUGCAAGACUUAUCAAAAUAAUAUACGGGAAUGACACCAAAACUAUUUUUGCAAACAGCUUAAAACAAAAUUUAAAUUUGUCGUAUAAUUCGUCAGUGUUGCCCUCAAUGAGCUUACUAUUUUGAUUGAUAGGGAUGUAACUUGUAUGAUGACUAAUAUGCCUGUAGGUGCCCGAUAUAUCUUAUUACCAAGUUUUUGUAGUAGAAGUAUAUCUUAUACAUUAACAAUAAGUAUUUAAAUUACUAAGACGAAUACUCAUCUAUUUGUACCUGACAAAAUUUUAGGAACUUAUACUAUUUUAUGUACUAAUUUUCGUUUUCAAGUAAGUUAUUUGCAUUUUAUUGCUCAUUUUAAAAUUAAGCCAUUAUUCAGUCAACAUUGGGCACCGAUGCUAUGUAUACCUACCUACCCCUGUGUUGUGAUUUCACUAACUUGAAAUGCUGCGGAAAAAUGUUAACCGCUGGUUGUGCUAAUAACUUAUAUACUUACCUGUAUUGUAUGUAACCAUGAUUUAAUGGAACAGUACUAUCAAUCAGAGGCUAAUGUACAAACAUUCUUUAUGUAAAUGUGACCGGAACGGUCUUGCCAUGUCUUAUUUGAUCUCUGCUUUGUAGUCUUCAUCACGUCGCGACGAUACUGAUGUGGUGUACCCUUUUGGCAGUUCGGAAAUAUAACAAAUGGCUUUUCAUUAUAAGUACCUUACAUAUAAUACGAUCUAAAAUAAAUCCGCUCCAAUCCCGUUUAAUAUAUUUGUAUCUUAAGGUAAGAUUGUUCUUAUUUUUAACAGGAGAAAAUGCUUCUCGUAAGCAAUAAUAGUUAAAUACUAUUUGUAGCUAGUUGGUAAUAUUCGAAUAAUGAACAAGCUCGAAUUUCAUGUUUAACUGUUAUGAAACGGAGAUAUUAAAGUCGAGUAAUACGCAAUGUAUUUUCCCCAAGAUGAACAAUAAAGCUGCUAAUUUUAAGGAGUGUACACGUAAUCCGUCAAGUUUACGAAGACAAGAGCUGGUUAUGGCGUGCCCUUGCAACGAGCGAAUCACUUUUGCAACCUAGUCAUUCACUUAGACAAGUUUGGCCCGCGCGAAGUCGGGGCCGUGUGUGUGUAUUUCGUUUAGUAGUGCAUGCAAAUAAACUUGUUAAGUGUUCGUAGAGUCUAAGGAUUUAAAAACGGAGGAGCAAGUCUUAAAUUCGAGAUUGGUAAAAAUGUACCUGUUUUCAGUGGUUCUUUUGUUAAUUUUUGACUAUUUAUAAUACAUGAUUGUCCUAGCAUCUA